AUCACGAUUAUGGCAGCUGCAAUGAAUUAGCUAUCCUGUUAAGCAUCGCCUUUGGCUUCUUUUUCAGCUAAGCAAAAGCCAAGGGGAUGGCUUCAAGGAUGCGCUCCUGCGGUAGCUCUAACACAUCCACAGCAACAGCGACCGAAACAACAACGACGACCGAAACGACAUCGACAACUUCUACCGAAACAGCGACAUAUACAUCGACGACAAGCACGCUCACGAUGACAGAAACUAGUACGAUAACAAAUACCACGACCACUUUUACGGCCGCGACGGAAGUAUGAGUACGUAUUUCACUCUAGAUGAUAGAAAUAAUCUUGAACUUCAAUUUUGUCCACUAUUUUUUCGGACAAUCGCAAAGAAUCUUCUUUUCACCUUUUUCUAAGCCUCCGACCCCAGCGCCAACGUCCUCUGAGGCUUCAAAAUCCGGAGCAGCUUCAAGUACGUCCACAACCUUAG